AUAAGGGCGAAAAACCCCCAAUGCCAGGUCCGCGUCACCCGAAUCCUCUGGAAACCGUGUGCCCACAGAAUCCGUUUAAACACCUCCCCCAUAAGCUUCCAAUCCGAACAAAUCACCCUCUCAGCUUACGGCACUCCUAAUCCUAAAAAACUCUCGCAGUAUUCCUCCCGUCCCGACCCACUCUCCGUUCCCCCCCAAAUCCACUGGAACGCGCUACAGGAUUCAGCCGCGAUCCGAUCGCCGAAGCGACCGCGCAGCGCCGUCCCGCCCGCUCGAUUCGGUCGCGUGUGCGCUAGGAAGUUCGUCCGCCACGCGCCUCGCGGUUUUGUGUUCGUUUUCUCGUUCGGUUACCGCUUUCAAUCUUAGGCUACUAGCUCGAUCGAUCUCUGUAGGUAUGUAUGUGUGUUCUUCUGAUUGCUUGCGCCUGCGCGUGGAUGAUGCAUGACUAACUGCAUGGUUUUGGUUAUGCUGAUUGAUUGCUUGAUUUUGUUGUGCUGGCUACUUUUCCUGAUUCGGUUUAACCCUUCUCGUCAAUCGGUUCGUUGACUGCUGCUUGAUGUUAUUGUUCAUUCAAAUUAGGUGAUGUGCGUCCCCACAAUUCGUUUCAAGUUCGCUUUAAAGUUCGAAACCGUGAACAUAUGCGCUGGAAUGCCUGUAUGCGGGGUUUGGGUUGCGUUUCAUCUUCCUAGGUACGAUGUGUUUCGGUCUAUUUGCUGGCCACAGCUAUUUGGGCGUGUGGGGUCAUGUCCUUCUUCAUCAAAUCUUGCGCUCUUCUGGCUAAUCUAAACUGUCAUGGACGCUGGGACACUGCAUUUUGCUUCCUCUCCAUAUGCCUGAAACGCUGUCCUGUUUUGGUUCCUCAUUCAACUCUCGUUGUGCCAAAGGCAGAAACAGAAUUUUGUUUUCGUUCACCAAUCAAAGAAAACUAUGGACAUUCUUGUAACAACUUGUUGAGGGCACACUCUCGAAAGAAAAGAAAAAAAAAACAAGGCUGAGGGCAAACUAUCACUUUUCUAGACAAGUUAAGUUAAAAAGAGAGUGUGUUCGGAAGGGCAGCAACUCGCAGACUACUUGUUGCAUGCAGAAUUGGUUACUAAUUUUCUUUACUGCUUUUGGCACAGAGUUGGGGGAAGUGACUUCACUUAUGCAGGUUCUUUCAAUGAUGCUGCUUCACUAGUUAUCCAGACGAUCCCUAUUCAGUAGGAAAUUGUAGAUAGGUUACAUUUCAGGUACAACCCACUGAAGUCUUAAUUAGGACGCUGGCUUUCUCAAGAUGUUCUUGAUUGGAGAAUUAGAGCAAGUUUAGUUUAUUUGUGGAUAUCACGCGACCUUAAACCAGUGUUUGGACAAGUUUCUUCCGUUGAAGAUGAAGCCGGUGUCUGCUGGAGGUAGGCUCCCUUGUAAUUUGACUUCUUACGGAACCUUUCAGUUCGAUAAAAAUAUUCACCGACGAUACUAGCUAACACGUCGAAACCUUUUCAUGAAACCAUCCCAUCCCCUUCCCUUUUUGUUUCCUGGCAUUUGAUGCUAUUGCAUGUUCCUCUUGCCAGACAACGGGGAGAGCCAGCACCACGGUAAAACUGAUGCAGACGGAUUACUGUGUACAAAUUGCUUGGGAAUUCUUCUCUGGAUGGAUAUCAGUUGUGUAAUUUGUUUUCUCACAGCUCACAAUCCAGCUAGUGUAUUCUAGCUGUGAUUGUUUGGUGAUCAAACUAUGAGGUUUUUGCUGAUUGGAGCUGUCCGGAGUUGCUUUGGUCUUGUGUUGAUAUGCCUGGUCUUCAGCAGUAUACAGCAACCAGAACCACAUGCAGUGGUUUCCUCCAUAUUUAGGACCUGUGACUGCAUUCUGUAUUGAGAGCCAUCCUGCUAAAUGCAUAAUACUUGCAGGUAUUUGUGUUGUGCUUGCAAGGCGAUAGCUUUUGCACUACCAAACAGCCGACAUGGGUGCCGUGCAGCUUGAGUCUGUUGCUGCUCAGCAUGCACACGCUAAGCUAAAUAUGGAUUCACUUCCUCAAGGCCCUUCGUUGUUUGAUGGAAAUGACACAGCCAGGGUCAAUGGUUCUAACUCUGAUGAGUAUGAAAGAUUUGAGAAGGGAUUAAUGGAGUAUGGAUGUGCACAUUACCGAAGAAGAUGCCGCAUACGAGCACCUUGCUGCAAUGACAUUUUUGAUUGCCGGCACUGCCACAAUGAAUCAAAGAAUUCGAUUAGAAUUGAUACUCCUAGGCGACAUGAACUUCCACGCCAUGAACUGCAGCAGGUCAUAUGCUCAUUGUGUGGCACUGAACAAGAGGUACGACAAAUAUGCAUCAGCUGUGGUGUAUGCAUGGGGAAGUAUUUCUGUGAAGUGUGCAAGCUCUUUGAUGAUGAUGUCUCAAAACAGCAGUAUCACUGCCAUGGUUGUGGAAUAUGCAGAAUUGGUGGCAGGGAGAAUUUCUUUCACUGCUCAAAAUGUGGAUGUUGUUAUUCUACUGUUUUGAAGAACAGUCAUGCAUGUGUUGAAGGAGCCAUGCAUCAUGACUGUCCAAUCUGCUUCGAGUACUUGUUUGAGUCGAGAAAUGAUGUCUCUGUUCUGCCGUGUGGUCAUACAAUUCAUGAAAAAUGCUUGAAAGAAAUGAAGGAGCAUUGCCAAUUCGCAUGCCCGCUCUGCUCCAAGUCGGUGUGUGACAUGUCAAAGGCAUGGGAAAGACUGGAUGCAGAACUAGCGACUCUGUCAAACUCCUUCGACGAUAAGAUGGUUCGCAUAUUGUGCAAUGAUUGCGGGGCGGUAUCAGAGGUGCAGUUUCACUUAAUUGCACAUAAGUGCCAUAGUUGCAAGUCAUACAACACCCGGCAAAUUUGAAGUAGUGAGCCAUGGAGGGACUCUACGUUCUUCCUAGAAGUUGGCGAGCGCGCUCCAGCAGUGGAAAUCGAUUCAUCUACGUGAUGUUUUCCACGAAGGCAGAUCACUGGACAGUUUAUCUGCAUCCUCCGCAGUUAGCUGCUGCCUUUUGGUUGUCCUUCAUUUGUUUCUGCAUGGUCUCCUUUUGUUCAGUGUGUAACAGCUUCCGCGUGACCGAUCAAGCCUUGCAUAUUUUAGCACAACGCGGCAUCUGGUAGAAUUGUGUUCUACUCCCUCCAUCUCAAAGUAAGUGACUCAAAAAUGACUCUUCUCUUGAGUCAUUUUUGAGUCACUUAUUUUGGGACGGAGGAAGUACUCGAUUGGUAUCAUUUCCAGCAUUGGUCAGGACUGCAACCUAUAGGAUCACCACUCUGGCGAGUCUUGCUGCGUGCAUGCAGCAGGCUGUGUGGCAUAGGGUUUAUGGUUGCAAAAUUUCUUGAUUCUCAAUUUAAAUGUCAGGAUUACCAAGUUGGGCUGCAA